AUGUCAGACGCUGCUCUGCGUUGUCUGCGUCAAUUACGUGAACCCUUCGAAGAGAGGAUGACCCCAUGGCGUAUCACAUAUGGGAUAAUACUAACGAUUUUGUCUAUUGUUUCUAUCUUUAUGAACGUGAAUCUUACGAUUGUCGUGCUUCGAAAUGAUACAUUUAACAAGUCAUUACGUCUAUAUCUUCUCAGUGCAACUCUAGCAGGACUUGUCGGUGUAAUACCUUUAUUGCUCUCACUCAUACCAUCUAUAUUCUUUCGAGUUGAAUUGAGGGAUCCAGAAAAUCUGAUUAUUUCCGUCGCUGAUGCAUUGUCGUUCCUCAUCUUCAUGUUGACAACAACAAUAAUUGCUCUAGAUCGACUGCUCUUCUUCAUUUUACCACAGGUACAUGGAUGUUUGAACAGCAGAAAAAACAUUCUGUCGUGCUUGGCUGCACUUCCUGUAGCCAUAUCAGUUGCUGCUAUAAUUCAUAUGUUUACUCUUGGAUGCUACAAAAGAACGGAUCCCUAUGCUCUUGCUUUUACGCACUCUUGCAGUAAGUGCAGUGGUAAUUAUCGUCCUAUUUUGAGCUACAUGGGCAUAAUUUGUCCUGCAGUGAAUUUCGGUAUCUAUGUUAUAGUUUUCCUUCGAAUUCUUGCAAUUCGGAAAGAAUUUCGUACCCGUCUUAGAGGUGCUGGUUCUACCAAAAUGGAUGACAUAUUAUUGAUAAUCCAGUUUAUUCUUAUAUGUUUGAGUCAAUUUGGUAGCAGUGGACUACUUCCUUUGCUGACGCCAUAUAUCUAUACCAUCACGUCAUUCCAAAUGUCAACAAUAUUUACCGCAAUUAACACGAUGAUCAAUCCUAUAGUGAUAUUUGCCCUUCAGAAAAGAAUGCGACGCACUUGCUUCCGUUUUCUCAAACUGUCAAGAUCGACGAACAGUACUGUGGUACUUCCUGCUACAAAUCCUAGCCCCCAUAAUACUAAUUCUACUAAUCCGGGUGCUCCUUAA